AUGGCCAAUACGAGACUUACAAUUGACGCCGCCGCCGCAGGUGGCGCACUGAUGGAUAAAGAAUAUGUCGAUGCUUACGCACUUAUUAAGAGUAUGGCUCAAAACCAUUAUCAAUGGGGAAGCGAGAGAGCUCAGUCAGAGAAAACUUUUGGAGAGAAAUCUUCAACGAAGAGUGGUAUGUACGAGAUAAGUAACCUCGACCGCGUUAACGCCAAAGUUGACGCCCUAACUCCGAAGAUCGAAAACCUCAUUGUAGCACCUGUAGCCGCAGUGGCUGCUGUUUCCCCAAAUUGUGAAAUAUGCGGGAUGUCUGGACAUGCUGCCCCCGAGUGCCAUCUUUUGACAAGAGUUUCCCCCGAACCAGUAAACUAUGCUCAAGGAAACCCUUACUCAAACACAUAUAACCCAGGAUGGAAGAAUCACCCUAACUUCUCGUAUAAGAACAAUAAUGCUUUGUACACACCUGGUCAAGCACCUAGUGUACCACCUGGAUAUCAAAAGGCACCCUUCGCUGCUCCUAACAUCCCCAGGAAGUCUAACUUAAAAGUAAUGAUGGUGGCACAACAACAAGCACCUACUGCCGCACCUCCUGGGACAUUUCCUGGACAACCACAACCUAACCCAAAAGGACAUGCUCAUGCUAUUAUUCUGCGAAGUGGUAGAGAGAUGGACGAACCGACUGACCCUAGGUUUAAAAACCCUGCUAUGUUCCAAAGCCCUAGUAAGACAACUGAGGAGGAAAGUAGACCCAAGGAUAAACCAAGUGAUACGAAAGAGAAAGAGGACAAGGAAGGCGAGACGGAGGAAAAAGAGGCGCCAUACAUACCUCUACCCCCUUAUAAACCACCUAUCCCGUACCCUCAAAGAUUCGAGAAAUCUAAAAGCAUAGGGCAGUUUAAGAAAUUUGUCGAACUUCUUAAACAGUUGAACAUUACAAUUCCGUUUACAUAA